AGGCAUUUAGGCUUUUCUUUUGUUGCACACUAGCCCUAAUGAAUAUGAUUUAUGUUUCUUUAAGAUGUGGGAUGUGCUGCUUAAAUUUUGCAGGUUGAUGCUGUGACAAAAACACGUGGAAAAGAAGGUGGUUGGGUUGUUGAGCAGCUUUUGAACCAGUUGCUCAUAGAGCUAGAUGGUGCUGACCAUCGGCGUGAUGUUUUCGUCAUUGGUGCUACAAACAGGCCUGACGUGAUGGAUCCUGCUGUCUUACGGCCUGGCAGAUUUGGAAAACUUCUUUAUGUACCUUUACCUAGUCCUGAUGAACAUGGACUGAUAUUAAAAACACUUAGUCGCAAGAUGUCUAUUAAUUGUGAUGUUGAUUUGAUGGCCAUUAGGCGGAUGGAAGCUUGUGAAAAUCUAAGUGGUGCUGAUCUUGCUGCAAUGAUGGAUGAAGCUGCAAUCACUGCACUCAAAGAGAAACAAGCAUCAGGUCCAGGCAAUUCAGCUGCAAAACCUUUGACCAUUAAGGCAACUCACAUCGAGCAAGCAUUGAAGAACUUAUCUCAAUCUGUCUCAAAGCAGCAAAGGCACUACUAUAAAGUUUUGUCACAGAGCUUCAGAACGGCAUGAGCACAGAAAGUACUAUUUUGUAGUGUUUCAGUUCAUC